AUGGUUUACACUCCAUCCAAGGGUCCAAGAACUCUUUACGAUAAAGUUUUUGAUGCACAUGUCGUCCAUCAAGAUGAAAAUGAUUCCUUUUUGCUGUAUAUCGACAGACACUUGGUCCAUGAAGUCACUUCUCCCCAAGCUUUCGAAGGUUUAGAGAAUGCCGGCAGAAAGGUUAGAAGAAUUGAUUGUACUCUAGCUACCGUGGAUCAUAACAUUCCAACCGAAUCAAGGAAGAAUUUCAAAUCAUUAGACACAUUUAUCAAGCAAAAUGAUUCACGUUUGCAAGUUAAAACUUUGGAAAACAAUGUUAAGCAAUUCGGCGUUCCAUAUUUCGGUAUGAGCGAAGCAAGACAGGGUAUUGUCCAUACCAUUGGGCCCGAAGAAGGCUUCACUUUACCAGGUACUACUGUCGUCUGUGGUGAUUCCCACACCUCCACUCAUGGUGCUUUCGGUUCAUUGGCCUUUGGUAUUGGUACUUCCGAAGUGGAACACGUCUUGGCCACUCAAACAAUCAUUCAGGCCAAAUCCAAGAACAUGAGAAUUACUGUUAAUGGUAAACUAUCAGCGGGUAUCACUUCCAAGGAUUUAAUCUUGUAUAUUAUUGGUCUGAUAGGUACUGCAGGUGGUACUGGUAGUGUUAUUGAAUUUGCGGGUGAGGCUAUUGAAGCUCUUUCCAUGGAAGCACGUAUGUCCAUGUGUAACAUGGCCAUUGAAGCUGGUGCAAGAGCGGGUAUGAUUAAGCCGGAUGAAAUUACCUUCCAAUACACCAAAGGUAGACCUUUAGCCCCAAAGGGUGCCGAAUGGGAAAAGGCAGUUGCUUACUGGAAAACUUUGGGAACCGAUAAAGAUGCCAAAUUUGAUCACGAAAUUGAAAUUGAAGCAAUUGAUGUGAUUCCAACUAUUACAUGGGGUACAUCUCCCCAGGAUGCGUUGCCAAUUACUGGUGCGGUCCCAGAUCCAAAAAAUGUUAAUGAUCCAAUUAAGAAAUCUGGUAUGGAGAGAGCCUUGACUUAUAUGGGUUUAAAAGCAAACACACCACUAAUGAGUAUUAAAGUGGAUAAGGUUUUUAUUGGUUCCUGUACUAAUGGUCGUAUCGAGGAUUUAAGAAGUGCAGCAGCUGUAGUUAAGGGCCACAAACUGGCUGAUAACAUAAAGUUGGCUAUGGUUGUUCCAGGUUCUGGUCUAGUCAAGAAACAAGCUGAAGCAGAAGGUUUGCAUAAUAUUUUUCAAGAAGCUGGUUUCGAAUGGAGGGAAGCCGGUUGUUCAAUGUGUUUAGGUAUGAACCCUGAUAUUCUGAAUGCCUACGAACGUUGUGCUUCCACAUCUAACAGAAAUUUUGAAGGUCGUCAAGGUGCCUUGUCUCGUACACAUUUAAUGUCUCCAGCAAUGGCUGCUGCCGCCGGUAUCUCUGGUCACUUCAUAGAUAUCAGAGAAUUUGAAUAUAAGAGUCAAGAUGAAGGUAGCCCAAAACUUGAAGUUACUUCAGAAGAUGAAAGAGAACUGGAAAGCGCUGCUUACGAUCACGUCGAACCCGCCCAACCAGAAGACGCUCCACAGGAUGUAGCCAACGAUGAACUAAAGGAUAUUCCAACAAAGUCGAAUGAUGCACCUACCAAGCCUAGUUCUUCCAGCAUGAAGCCAUUUUUGACUUUGGAGGGUAUCAGUGCACCAUUGGACAAGGCUAACGUUGACACAGACGCUAUUAUUCCAAAACAAUUUUUAAAGACCAUCAAGAGAACGGGUUUAAAGAAAGGUUUGUUCUAUGAAUGGCGUUUCCAUAAAGACGACCAAGGUAAGGACCAAGAAACAGAUUUCGUAUUAAAUGUGGAACCUUGGAGAAAAGCUGAAAUAUUAAUUGUUACUGGUGACAAUUUCGGUUGUGGUUCCUCAAGAGAACAUGCGCCAUGGGCUUUGAAAGAUUUUGGUAUAAAAUCUAUUAUCGCACCUUCUUACGGUGAUAUUUUCUACAAUAACUCUUUCAAGAAUGGCUUAUUGCCAAUAAGAUUAGAUCAACAAAUCAUUAUUGACAAAUUAAUCCCUAUUGCCAACAAGGGUGGCAAGCUAUGCGUUGAUUUGCCAAACCAAAGGAUUUUGGAUUCCAAUGGUAAUGUACUUGUCGAUCAUUUUGAGAUAGAACCCUUCAGAAAGCACUGUUUGGUUAACGGUCUUGAUGACAUUGGUAUCACAUUGCAAAAAGAAGAGUUCAUUUCCAAAUAUGAAGCUUUGAGAAGAGAUAAAUACUCAUUUUUGGAAGGUGGGUCUAAAUUAUUGAAGUUUGAUAACAUCCCAAAAAGAAAGGCGGCCGUCACUACUUUUGACACUGUUCACCAGGACUGGUAA